AGCUCAUUGUGGGGUGCAUGGAAAGCAUACGAACGACUUGUAUUGAUAGAUAACAGCUCUUGUCCUUCCACCGAUGGACCGCGAUUCACCUCCUCAAUAGUGUUAUCACAUAGCUAUAUUCCUGUUAACACCCAAUCGACUGCGGGGAUCUAACAUGCCGGGCAAGAGGUCAAUCCCCAAAGAGCGGUAUGAGCGUCAACGCAAGGCACGAGAAAUACGCAGGGCCUUAGCAGCGAUCACACCAGAGAAUUCGCGCCCACAGAGACAAUCUCCGCUCUUCUCAGUCCUACCAGCAGAGUUACGCGUCCUCAUCUUCCAAUUCGUACUCAGUCAAGCACUUGAUCUAGCUAGGCCUCUCGAUAUCCAUUGCAACAGUCCUCUAUAUCGCCCAGGUCAUACCCACCAUGCCACCCUCGACAUCUCUCUCCUACUCACAUGUCGCUUGGUGUACUGCGAGGCACACACUAUUCCGGUCCGAAGCGCUACAUAUCACUUCGGGCAUCUGAGCGGUGCCUCAUGUCUCUACAAUGACUCUGCCUGGCUCCAUCACGUCACGAAGCAGCACGGCGCAGAGUUGUAUCAUUUGCACGAUAACGUCAUUUCUAUCCGCUCAAAUCAUGUUACAAAGUUCUUACUGCCGCACCUACACUGGCGAAAAAUUACUUGGACUGUAUGCGGCUACUUGCUAACACCAAGGCUGUAUGCGGAACAGACGGGAUUCGAUUCCCCUGCGAACACAUUGGCCGGAUUGACACUUCCGGCUAGCUGUAAAGAAGUUACGUUGGAACUGGAGACUCGAGAAGACUUGCUCGACGACUGGCCACAACUGCUUCAACAGGCGAAGGCUUGCCAGCAAGUCUCCUUGAUGAGAAGCGAUGGCACCACACUAGAGCUCGAUAAUAGGUAUGUUGUGCGGUACAAGUGGGUUGGUAGCGGUCAGUUACAGGAGGGAAUACGUGAGGAUGCGUUGUUGACCAAGUAUACUAUGGUAUACCACACAAUCAGGUUGUGCUGGCGAGCGAAACUUGCUAGACGGGAGUAUAUGAGUUAUGAUCGUUUGGAUUGCUUGAGACUGGAAGGGUGUGCGGAGGUCACCGAAAUCAUGGCUCUUGAGUAGUAGUAGUCAUAGCAUGACAAGGAUGGCCACAAAACAACAACAAGGUGGAAUGUAGAGAAUAGAUUUCCCUUAGGAGGUACCUGGGAUAUCAGUUGGGAGUCUGAAUCCAUUCAGGCAAUCAGAUUCUGAGUUUUUAGCUUGCCAUAAACUCUGCCCAUGUUAUGCAGCGCAACGAGUGUCUGCAAGAAUCAACCGGCUGCUCUUGCCC